UAUUUUUUUUGGUUGAAGGUGAGAGAGUAAAGAUAAGCAUUUACACCAAAUCACAGAAAAAAAUGAAAUAAUAAUAUAUUUAUAAAUAAUAUAAUUCAACCACAAAGAGCUCAUAACAGCAACAUGAAGUUGGUUCUGAAAAUAGUUUAAAAAAUGGUUCGUAAUAUUUCAUUUUAGAUAAAAAAAAAUAAUAAAAAAAGACUAUUCCUCACUAUUCUUCAUUUUAAUAAUACACUACCUGACUUUCCAACACAAAGACUACUUUUACUAGACGUGUGUUUACGUGCAGCUUCGCCGACGACACGUUCGGAGAGAAAGUAGCAGCUCUGGUGGCAAUGCAGCAUUGUUCUCCGUCUGUCCCUCUGUCCGCAUUGCAAGUACCAAACACAGAGACCGACUCCCCAAUGCCGCUCCGAUAACGGCUCACCGACUGGAAACCCUCCAACUCCCCAGCGGAGGGGGAACAACAGGGAUCUUACCCUCCCGUAUUCACUGCGAUAUAUUUAACAUUCCUCAUGGAUAGCCUACUGAGGGAUAGAUACCGAGGGCGCAGAGAGAAUAUCAUUCAUCGUGGAGAUGGAAAUACAUAAAAGACUAAUCGCGGUCUAAGCAACUAAGCCUCUUGUCGGCAGGAAGCUUCGGAGGAGCUGGAAGACACCCCGGAAUUAAAGGAGGCCACAACGUGAUCCAGCGAGCAGGGGUCUGACCGUACGGGACCUGUGCCAGCCGAGGAUCCGUCCGUUGUCCCGUCGUCCGUUGGUCUCCUGAGGAAUAGCUGAGGGGACGUACCAUUCUGUUACCAAAGUACUUUGGAUUAAUGUACGGCACAGGCUCACGGAGGGAGAACGUGAUUCUGGGUUUCCUGCAGGGCUGGAGUACAUGAGUGAUACAGGCCUGGAGUGAGCCUGUACUAUCAGGAUUGGUGUUGGCAUGGCUCAGUCCACCUUUUGGACCUUCUUUUCAUCAUGACUGAUCAGCUUGACCACAGACCCUGAGGAGAGCCUGUAACUGCCGGAGGAUCUUUCCUAAGAGGACGGGGCCUCCAUGUAACACAAAGAGAUCUAAGUUAGACGAUACAAAGACUCUACAACUACUACGACUACAACAGAACAACAACAAAAAACACGAAACCUCAGGCUUGCUUUUGAGAGGAAAAGCCUGCAGCUUUGUCUGAGUUUGAGUGGAGAUGCUUUUUCCACCACUGACAGUCAUGGCAAAGCCUUUGAUGGCUUGAGCAUCUGACAAAACAAGAGGAGGGUCAGCUCAAAAAAAACAAGGAUCAGUUUAAGUUCAAACACACUGAUCCGGGUCACAAUAUAACCAAGGGUAUAACCAAACACCUUCCCUCUCUCUCUCUCUCUCUCUCUCUUACUACGCAAAUAAACUUAAGCUUUCUGAAAAGGACUUAAUAGGAAAGAUUUCAACGUAAAUCUCGAUUGGAUCUGCUGGAUUGGGAAAGGAUUCUUCAGUGGCUGGAUAGCGAUUUUUUUUAAAUCAGGGAGAAGACACCACAACCUCAAAACAAGAUGGCCGCCCAAUGCAAGAACUUCCUGCUCUUCUUGACUAGGGUAGGACUACUUCUGGGUCUGGCUAACCCUCUGGUGACCUCCGCCUCCUGCCCCUCGGCCUGCCGGUGUGAUGGGACCUUCAUCUACUGUAAUGAUCGAGGCCUCACCUCUAUCCCUACCGGCAUUCCGCUAGAUGCUACUAUUCUCUUCCUCCAAAACAACAGGAUCAAGAGCGCCGGCAUCCCCACCGAUCUGAAGAGGCUAAGCAACGUCGAGAAGAUCUAUCUGUACUGCAACAAUCUGGACGAGUUCCCCCAAAACCUGCCGAUCGGGGUCAAAGAGCUGCAUCUACAGGAGAAUAAUAUCCGCAUGAUUACGCAUGCGUCGCUGGGUCAGAUCCCGCUGAUCGAGGAGCUACACCUGGAUGAUAACUCCGUCUCGGCUGUUAGCAUCGAGGAAGGAGCGUUCAGGGACAGCAAUCACCUGAGACUACUCUUUCUCUCCAGGAACCAUCUGAGCACCAUCCCGUCCGGCCUUCCGCAGACCAUCGAGGAGCUGCGCUUCGACGACAACCGCAUCUCGUCAAUAUCAGAGGCAUCCCUGCAGGACCUGAUCAACCUGAAGAGACUCGUCCUGGACGGGAACCUGCUCAACAACCGCGGCAUCGGCGAAAUGGCCUUCAUCAACCUGAUUAAUCUCACCGAGCUCUCCCUGGUGAGAAACACCCUUACGUCGCCGCCGGCUAACUUACCAGGAACCAGUUUGGAGAAACUGCAGCUCCAAGACAACCACAUCAACCGGGUACCGGCCGGAGCUUUUGCUUUCCUCAGGCAGCUGUAUCGGUUGGAUCUAUCAGGCAACAACCUGAGCAGUCUGCCUCACGGAGUGUUCGAAGACCUGGAUAACCUCACGCAGCUCCUGCUCCGUAACAACCCGUGGCAGUGCACUUGCCGGAUGAAGUGGGUGAGAGACUGGUUAAGGUCGCUGCCCACAAAAGUCAACGUCCGGGGGUUUAUGUGCCAGGGACCAGACAAGGUCAAGGGCAUGGCUAUUAAGGAUUUGUCCAUGGACUUGUUUGACUGUGGAGGAUCUGACUUGGGCAGGGGCCAGGGGGACCCUACCGAGACCAGCACUGUCUCUAACACCUUACUGCCCUCACAACCCCAAUGGCCUUCCUUUGUGACCAAAAGACCGGUGGUGAGAAUGCCUGACAGGAAUAAGAACUACCGAAGUACUACGACACCGUCAGGAAGAAAGAUCAUCAGGAUCAGUGUGAAGUCGAGCAGUGCAGAGACAGUGCACAUCUCCUGGAGGGUUUCUGUACCCUUGACUGCCAUGAGGCUCAGCUGGUUAAAACUGGGCCACAACCCUUCGUUCGGUUCCAUCACGGAGACCAUUGUACAGGGCGAGAAGAAGGAGUACCUCCUAACAGCUCUAGAACCGGAAUCCUCGUACAGGAUAUGCAUGGUUCCCAUGGAGACCAGCAACAUUUACUUGACGGACGAGACACCAGUUUGUAUAGAGACAGAGACCAGUUCUCUGAAGGCUUACAAACCCACCACCACACUGAACCGCGAGCAGGAAAAGGAGCCUUACAACAAUUCCAGUCUGCCUUUAGCCGCGAUCAUCGGAGGGGCUGUGGCUCUGUUGGCAAUAUUAAUGCUGGCGUUUGUGUGCUGGUACGUGCACAGGAACAGUUCACUGUUUUCCAGGAAUUGCACCUACAACAAGGGCCGUCGGAGGAAGGAUGAUUACGCCGAGGCGGGGACGAAAAAGGAUAACUCAAUCUUGGAGAUACGAGAGGCCUCUUUUCAGAUGAUCCCCAUACACCCCGUGCCCGUGUCCAAAGAGGAGUUUGUGAUACAUACGAUUUUCCCUCCGAACGGAUUGAGUCUGUACAAGAGCCCGCACAGCGAGACCAGUAUUAGCAACAGAAGCUACAGAGACAGCGGAAUACCUGAUUCAGACCACUCCCAUUCAUGAUAUUGAUAACGCGGGAACAUUUCGUUAUAAAUGAGUGCGUUCGUUGAUGACAUGAAACUAAAGUGGCUAAAAAACUUUGUUAUAAAACACUGGAUCUACAAGACUGAGUGGGGAAGCUGUACAUCUUCUGUACAUUUAAAAUAUAAUUUAUAUUUAAGGACAUUUUAUGACAAAGAGGAGAAGAAAUGUGGUUCACAGAUAGUAGGGCCAUCACUGAGCCGCAGGUCAGUGUAUGUUGUAACUAAAACUGCAAUUCUAUAUUUUAGGGGUUGGUAGUAAUUUGUAUUGUAUUUAAUUUUUUUUAAUUUUUUUUGGCUUACGGUUACCCUAACAACCAGCUAUAUAAAACAAACUCUGUUCUACUGAGAUAUAAAGACUUGUCAACUGUGAAAGUGGGUUUUCAUUGCUGUGUUGAACAAUCAGACUUUAGAGAACCUUGUAGAAUAAAGCACAGGUCUUUACACUCGUUUUGUGGCUGUUCGGUAAAAAAAAACAAAAAAAGCAACAACAAAAAAAUAUGAAAUGAUCAAAACUAAGACCCAGCUGAUUAACCGAGAAGAACCAGGGAGACAGCGGGCACUCGUUCUCUGAGGAGAGACAAGCAAGAGAGCAGUCUCCUACAUGUAUCUGACUAUCUCUGGAACCAUGACUAGAUAUGUCCUGUUUUACUGCUGUUCAUUUAGUUCAUCUGUUUGGAGAAAA